AUGGCGAGCACCAAAGUUCAGAGGAUUAUGACCCAACCUAUUAAUCUGAUUUUCAGGUUUCUCCAAAGUAAAGCUCGGAUCCAGAUUUGGCUUUUUGAGCAGAAAGAUUUGAGGAUUGAGGGACGCAUUACUGGUUUCGAUGAGUACAUGAAUUUGGUGCUGGAUGAGGCUGAGGAAGUCAGCAUCAAGAAGAAUACCAGAAAACCACUUGGAAGGAUUUUGCUUAAAGGAGACAACAUAACCCUGAUGAUGAACGCGGGCAAGUGA